UUUGCGUCUGUCGCUCCUCGAUACUAGACCUGCCUACUGCCUGCCUGUACGCUGCUGAGAGAGCUCCUGCUGGGGGAAAAAUAGAGCAGAUAGAGGAAGAAAAAAGAGGCAGAGUUGGAGGGGGGAAAGAGAGUUAGAGAGAGAGAGAGAGAAAGAGAGAGAGAGAGAGAGAGAGAGAGAGAGAGAGAGGGAAGCCGGGGGUGGACCGUUAAUUUCAUCCACACACCGUCGUGAAUGCGUGGAGGAGAGUAGGCUGAGCUAUACAGUGUGUGAUAUACUGCUGUAACAUCACCUCGCCGAGGACCGGGGGACGUAAGAGAGAAGCCGCCGUCUAUAUAUAUAAAGCUUUAUAAAUACAUGUAUAAUAUGGAUCAGUACGAUGAACAGAAUGAUUACAUGCAACAAGAAGACGACUGGGAUCGGGAUCUCCUCUUGGAUCCUGCAUGGGAGAAGCAGCAGAGAAAGACAUUUACAGCUUGGUGUAACUCUCACCUGAGGAAAGCAGGCACGCAGAUUGAGAACAUCGAGGAGGACUUCCGGGACGGAUUGAAACUCAUGCUGCUGCUGGAGGUCAUCUCAGGCGAACGCUUGGCCAAACCAGAGAGAGGCAAGAUGAGAGUCCACAAGAUCUCCAACGUUAACAAAGCACUCGACUUCAUCGCCAGCAAAGGAGUGAAGCUGGUGUCUAUCGGUGCAGAGGAGAUUGUAGACGGCAACGCUAAGAUGACCCUGGGAAUGAUCUGGACCAUAAUCCUCCGCUUCGCCAUCCAAGACAUUUCUGUGGAAGAGACAUCUGCCAAAGAGGGCCUCCUGUUGUGGUGCCAGAGGAAGACUGCGCCCUAUAAGAAUGUCAACAUACAAAACUUUCACAUCAGCUGGAAAGAUGGUUUGGGUUUCUGUGCACUCAUUCAUCGACACCGUCCAGAGCUCAUUGACUAUGGAAAACUGCGCAAGGACGACCCCAUGACCAACCUGAACACAGCCUUCGACGUGGCAGAGAAGUACCUGGACAUCCCCAAAAUGUUGGACGCGGAAGACAUUGUGGGCACUGCCCGUCCGGAUGAGAAGGCGAUCAUGACCUACGUCUCUAGCUUCUACCACGCCUUCUCAGGCGCCCAGAAGGCGGAGACAGCGGCCAACAGGAUCUGCAAGGUGCUGGCUGUCAACCAAGAGAAUGAGCAGCUGAUGGAGGACUAUGAGAAGCUGGCCAGUGAUCUGUUGGAGUGGAUCCGCCGCACCAUCCCCUGGUUGGAGAACCGCAUGCCUGAGAACACCAUGCAGGCCAUGCAGCAGAAGCUGGAGGACUUCAGAGAUUACCGCCGCCUCCACAAGCCGCCCAAAGUGCAGGAGAAGUGCCAACUGGAGAUCAACUUCAACACCCUGCAGACCAAACUGAGGCUCAGCAAUAGGCCCGCCUUCAUGCCCUCAGAGGGAAAGAUGGUCUCGGACAUUAACAAUGCGUGGGGAAAUCUAGAGGGAGCAGAGAAAGGCUAUGAAGAGUGGCUCCUCAAUGAGAUUCGCAGGCUGGAAAGACUCGACCACCUGGCGGAGAAAUUCCGCCAGAAAGCAGCCAUCCAUGAAGCUUGGACUGAAGGUAAAGAGGACAUGCUGCAGAAGCGCGACUAUGAGACGGCCUCUCUGUCAGAGAUCAAGGCCCUGCUGAAGAAACACGAGGCCUUCGAGAGCGACCUGGCCGCACAUCAGGACCGCGUGGAGCAGAUCGCAGCCAUCGCACAGGAGCUAAAUGAGCUGGACUACUACGACUCUCCCAGUGUAAACGCUCGCUGCCAGCGGAUUUGUGACCAGUGGGACGCACUGGGAGCUAUGACCCAGAAACGCAGCGAGGCUUUGCAGAGAACCGAGAAGCUGCUUGAAACCAUCGACCAACUGUACCUUGAGUUUGCCAAAAGAGCGGCUCCAUUCAACAACUGGAUGGAGGGCGCGAUGGAGGACCUGCAGGAUACCUUUAUUGUCCACACCAUUGAAGAAAUACAGGGAUUAAGCACGGCCCACGAGCAGUUCAAAGCCACGCUGCCGGAGGCAGACAAAGAGCGCCAGGCCAUCCUGGGCAUCCACAACGAGAUUGCCAAAAUUGUGCAGACCUAUCAUGUGAAUAUGGCUGGCACCAACCCCUACACUACCAUCAACCCACAGGAGAUUAAUGCCAAAUGGGACAAGGUCCGGCAGCUGGUGCCUCAGCGCGACCAGGCUCUGAUCGAGGAGCACGCCCGGCAGCAGAACAACGAGCGUCUGCGCAGACAGUUUGCCAACCAGGCCAAUGUCAUCGGUCCCUGGAUCCAGACCAAGAUGGAGGAAAUCGGCCGCAUCUCGAUCGAGAUGCACGGCACCCUGGAGGACCAGCUGACACACCUACGCCAGUACGAGAAGAGCAUCGUCAACUACAAGCCAAAGAUCGACCAGCUGGAGGGAGACCACCAGCUCAUUCAGGAAGCUCUCAUCUUUGACAACAAGCACACCAACUACACCAUGGAGCACAUCCGUGUGGGCUGGGAGCAGCUACUCACCACCAUCGCCCGCACCAUCAAUGAAAUAGAGAACCAGAUCUUGACGCGAGACGCCAAGGGCAUCACCCAGGAGCAGCUGAAUGAGUUCCGGGCUUCCUUCAACCAUUUCGACAGGGACCACUCGGGCACUCUGGGCGCGGAGGAGUUCAAGGCCUGCCUGAUCAGCCUGGGCUUCGAUAUCGCCAACGAUGCACAGAAGAGAACAGGAGUCAUGGAUGCGGAAGACUUCAAAACCUGCCUUAUCUCCAUUGGUUACAACCUGGGUGACAACGAGUUCUCCCGCAUCAUGAGCAUAGUGGAUCCCAACCGGUUAGGCACCGUCACCUUCCAGGCCUUCAUCGACUUCAUGUCCCGCGAGACGGCCGACACAGACACCGCCGACCAAGUCAUGGCCUCCUUCAAAGUCCUGGCAGGGGAUAAGAACUACAUUUUAGCCGACGAGCUGCGCCGGGAGCUGCCUCCAGACCAGGCGGAUUACUGCAUUGCCCGCAUGGCCCCUUAUACCGGCCCCGACGGUGUGCCCGGAGCCCUCGACUACAUGUCUUUCUCUACCGCUCUGUACGGAGAGAGCGACCUCUGAACACUCUGUCAGUCGUCCGGACUCGGGACCACCAGCCUACCUGCUCUUACCACUGCCACGUCCUCUGACUGCCCCGGCACCACCACACUCCUGUCCUACUACGCUCAUUUUUUGUAUGUCUCUGGCCUUAUCUUUUUUGUCAUUAUCCUCUGUCUCCUCCUCCUCCUCCUACUCCUCCUCCUCCUCCUCCACCCACAUCUCCACCGCUCCCUCACACUCUGUCUCCGUUGUACUUGCUUCCCACGCAAUGCAGCAGCUCUCCAGGUUUACAAAGAGGGAGAGAGAAAAAUGUUUGUUUCUGUUUUUAUUUUCUUGUUGUCAUUGUUUUUUCUGCAUUAAAUGAAUAAAGUUAACAUAUUUUAUUAUACUGAACAAAAAAAGGUAUUUUUCUUCACCUGAUUGAAAAUAAGAGACAAAAGUUGUAAUAAAGAAAAAAAUUGCUAUACUUUCUCUUCUUUCUCUGUUUGCUACAGGGAUCAAAUACAGUUUUAAUAGAUGUACUUUGACAGACUUUCUGAUGCAGAAACACAUAUAAUAACAAACUGCCUAUAUCAUCACACUGUAUAUAUCC